GCAGUCGCUGUAGAACUUUGCUGCGAGGUCGAUUAAAAAUUCCCUCCUCCCAUAUUUUAACUGGCUAAGGAAAGAAAAAGGCGAGUAUAAGAACAUUUUCGCUUUUUUCUACAGUAAUUUAUUCGUCCAUGUAAAAGAUAAAAACGCUUUAUGUUAAAUAUAUAUAUAUAUAUAAAUAUAUAUUAGUUUAUAUAUAUAUUUAUACAUAGAUACAUAGUUAGAAGAUGUAAAAAUGCAUCUAAAGUAUGUACAGUAUUUGUAUAUGUAAAUAAGGUCUUUUAAAUACUUUCCAAAUUAAACUGAAAUAAUGUUAAUUACCAAAGCUUAAGUGUUGUAUUAAUGAUAAUUAAUCGUUUAAAUGUCAUUUUUUCACCUCAUUUAAAAUAGGUAAAAUUCUUAUUAAACAAAUUUUGUUUGUAAGAAAAAGUUUUCUUAUUUUCUCGUAUUCCAUCAACCAUAAAACUCUUACUAUCCGACUAACUAGGAAUAAACUGUGUAAUAAGAAAAUCAGAGCCAGUUGUUUGUACUUAGACUAACCAAAGGCCUUUGAAGGGACAAACUGGACUAUAGGAAAAUUACUAAAACCCUUAUCAAAAAUAGUUUAGUCAAAAUAGAAAGAAAUGUUGUCUAUCAGUGUCUAAACUCAUAAUUCUAAUUUUAUGUAUCAACAAUAGAUUCGAAAGUAAAAAUGAAUACUUUUAUAUAUCUAUAAACAGAAUCUAUAUAGUUAUAUAAAUACAUACACCAGACGGUACUGUUUAAUUAUAGAAGUUACAAGAAACAAGAUUUAUCAUUCGCAGAAACACAGACACUCGAUAGCACCGACUACAAACCAGCCAGUUAUGCAGUUUAUAUACUUUAUAUAGUUUGUAGUACACAUAUGCAUAUAUGUAUGUAAGUAUGUGCGUAUACUUUUAUUUAUACAUAUAGCCCUAAUAUGUAUAUUUGUAAAGUGUAUACAUACAUAUGCAUGUACAUAUAUCCGCUUGUAUAUGAACUGAGAUAUCAGAUAUUCAAAGGCCUGGUAUAGUGAUAUUCUGUACAACUUUUUGUAAAAGAUAUGUCGGAACGGCGAAAAGUACGAUUCUAUUCUGUGCAGUACGAAGAGGACAGAAAGAGAAAGAAAUCAGGAGUUAGAAGAACUGUCAGCGAAGCUUUCGAAAUGGUAACUCGGAAGUCUAUUGCUUCAGGAUUUUCAAAUGGUCACAAGCGGGGGCACUCGCUAAAGGCUACUACCCUUGCCAUAUCAAGCUUCAGUACGAGGAAACGACUAAGAUCCAAAAGGCUCUUGUCCAAGCACAUGGGAAGUAGUGUCAACUUGCUUGAUGCUAAAAACUACAAUCCUUAUCAAGCUGCCCGGGAAGGCUUAGUGGAAAUAUUACGUCAAAAGUUCGAAACGGAUUAUAGUUUUCGAGUUAAUGACCUCGAUGAAGAUGGUCUGAGUAUUCUCCAUCAUGCAACCCGAUAUAAUCAAGAUGAAGUUGUAGUAUUCCUCUGCUCAAUCGGGGGUAUUCAAGUUGACGUUCGUAGUGCUGGUGAGGAACAAACUCCACUACAUAUAGGAGCCCUAUACCAAAGUGAAAAGGCUGUUGCGUGCCUCCUGCAAGCUGGAGCAGACAAGAACGCGAAAGACAACAAGAGUCGAACAGCUCUCCAUUACGCUGCACGGAGAGGUCAUGUCACUUUGGUAAAGAUGUUAACCUCUUUACCAGAUUGCUACGUUGAUUGGCCCGAUAUAGACAAUACAACGCCUUUACAUAUGGCUAGCGUAAACGGAAACGCCGAAUUAGUAGACGUUCUGAUAUCUCGGGGAGCUAAUCUCAUGGCAACCGACUGCAACAAUAUGACACCUAUUAUGCUGGCAGCGGCAGAUGGACAUAACGGUGUUCUUCAAAAAAUCUUCGAUUACGGUAAAUAAGCUUACAAAUAUUGAACAACGAACAAACAAACAGAGAACAACACAAACAAACAAAUACGUACACGAAUUGUUCGAUACAGCCGAGAAUAUGAAUAAAGUUUGCGAAGAACUCGUUAAUCAUAAAGACAUUGAAGGGGCUACUGCAUUACACUUAGCCAUUCAAAAUCAACAAUACGAGACUAUCAAAUUCCUGUUGGAUAAGGGAGCUAACGUGAUGGAAAGAAAAGAAAACGGUGUUACAGCCCUUCAUCUCGCCUCCGCCCAGGGUCUUACAGCAGUCGUCUCCCUCAUUCUCGAUUACUAUGCAAUUAUUGAUUGUGUUGAUUUAGAAGAUUGCACACCAUUACAUCGGGCAUCCCAAUAUAAUCAUGUCAAGACACUGGAAGUAUUAUUACAAAGAGGAGCUUCAGCUAAUAGAAAGGAUAGAGAUGGUCUAUUACCAAUUCAUUUAGCAGCUUGGAAAGGUCAAGUAGACGCGGUUAAGUUUCUUUUAGAGAGGACUGAUCAUGAAAAUAUAUAUGAAAUUGAUGUCUUUGAUAAAACGGCUCUUCACUGGGCUGUAGAAAAUGGACAAUACGAAUGUGCCGUUAUUCUAAUAAAAUACGGAAGAACAAGGUUGAUUCAGAUGAAAGACUAUUCGGAUAUGUCUGCCCUACAUUACGCUGCGAAAAAAGGCAAUUUAGAUAUUCUAAAACUGAUGUUGUCUAACAAUGCAGAAGUGGGUGCUAAGGACAGGGAUGAGAGAGCGUCACUUCACUAUGCUGCUAAAUACGGUCAUUAUGAGUGCGUUAAAGCCCUGUUAGAUAAAUCAGGGCAAGAGACAAACGAUAGCGAUGUUGACGGUCGAACACCGCUCCAUUUGGCCUGCUUAUCAGGUCAUAAUAAAAUAUUAUCUCUCCUGCUAAGCCAUGGGGCUGACCUAUCCAAUAGGGAUGAUCACUACUGCACCCCUUUAAUGCUGGCCUCCGCAACGGGUCACACUUCAACAAUUCAACUACUCUUACUUAACCAUGCAGAUGUACUAGCAAAUGACCGCCUAAAAAAUACAUCCCUUCAUUAUGCGUGUGCCAACGGACAUGUUCAAAUUGUUCUCGCUCUAUUAGACGCCAGGGCGGAUGUCACGGUGAGAAAUUCUCAAAAUCAGACGCCUUUGGAUAUUUCCAUUGAAAAUUUCCAGCAAGAAGUAGCAAUUACUAUGCUAAAGCAUAGAUGCUGGAGAGAGUGUAUGGAAAUGAAGGAUGAAGUUGGUAUGUCCCCUCUCGAGAAACUUAUUAUCAAAUUACCGGAAGCCGCAAAGAUUUUAUUGGAUAACACAUCCCAAAAGUCUAACUUGGACGAUUCUGAUCCAUCUUUAACAGUUCUAUAUGAUUUUAGGUAUUUAGAUCCUGGUCCAGACGAGUUAAAUCAGGCAAACCAACGCUAUUACGCCUUAAAGACAAUGGCCACAUACAGGAGAGAGAAGCUACUUUCUCAUCCCAUUUGCCAAGCAAAUAUGGCCUAUAAAUGGAAUUCUUUUGGAAGAAAAAUGUGCGCCAUGAAUGUUCUUUUUUAUAUUGUAUAUUUGACUGUACUUUACCUGCAUGCCAAGGGUAAUUUACAAGCCAGAAAUGGAACAGAUUGUUAUCCCAAUAUUACAAGUGAUACUUUCUAUCUUACUGCAAAGCAGGAUUUCCUUAUCUCAACUAGGAUAACUCAAGCCUUACUUUUUAUACUUGUCAUAAUUUCUUGCUGCCGCGAAAUGCUAACAAUCUACCAACAAAAACUUGCCAGUUUAGUAAUAGUCGACAAUUGGUGUGCAAUUGCGGUUAUCAUCUCCACCAUCCUCUUCACCAUACACAAUAAGUCACCUUGUGAAUAUUACAGAAGAUCCGGUUGGAUAACCAUAUUCUUCGUAUGGCUAAACCUUACUCUUUAUUUAAGAAGGGUUCCUUAUAUAGGAAUUUAUAUAAUUAUGUUUCUUCAAGUAUUGGCCUCUUUGAUGAAAGCUGUUCUCAUGUUCCUCUUUUUUUUGUUAGCCUUUUCCAUGUGCUUCCACGUGAUAAUCGAAAAGGAUCAUAGUGAGAUCAACCCUUUUAGAGAUAUGAUAACAACUCUUUAUCAAGUCUUUAUUAUGACCUUGGGUGAAAUAGAUUUUCAGGAUGAUUUCUUAAAAAAGUUUAAAAAAUUCCAGCCUUUUGACACGGAUGUUUAUUUUCUUUUGGCUAUAUUUCUCUUCAUUAUGCCCGUUGUACUUAUGAAUCUGUUGAUUGGUAUAGCUGUUGGAGAUAUUGGUCAAAUUCAGGCCAAUGCACACGUUCAAAGGUUAUCUAUGCAAGUCGAUCUUUUGGGCUAUACCGAAAAUAUGCUACCUGGUUUUUUACAGAGAAGAGUAUACAAAAGACAGUUACAAGUACAACCGAAUAAAAGUUCUUUAUCUUUUCUCGAGCGUUUAGGAAAUUUUUUAUCCGGAAAAGAUAAUUCUAAAAUAAAAGUAGCAUCCCCGGAGGGUGAAGAAAUCGAUUUUAAUAUACAAAACCAGAUUACUAGGCAAACAAGAAGUAUACGGAAAUUGGAAGAGGAAGUAGCAACAGUUAACAAACAAUUAAAGGAAAUCGUCGAGCAUUUUGAUAAAGAUAAAACCUUAAUUUCUUAUAGAGGAGAUUAUGACGGAACGUCACCACCUAGGAGAAUAUUAUCAUCUCAAACUCUAUCCCCUACAGCCAUUGCAAGACGAAAAUUUUUUAUGGAAGGUGGAAUGAUACCACACUCUUAAUUAAUGAACAUAAUCCUCUAGUUCUUCCCCAUUCUUCCUCUUCCCACUCUCCGUAAUGUUCUAUUAGUGUGAUUGUUUUGGAGUAAAUACUCUAAUUUUUGUAUUGAGAUAUGAUUAUCUAUGGAAAUUAUGAUAAUAUACUUGACAUUUAAGUAUUUAUUUGUAGAAGAAAAACUAUAAAACAUGCAAAAUAUCCUUUCUUUUAAUCAUAUACUAAAUUCCUCUCUGCUGU